AUGUUACUGAGGAGGACUCCACACUCGUUGCGUAGCGGGAGCGUAAUAAUCCGUGGGUGCACGUUUUCAAGGAGAGGACUGCACACACUCUUCAAAUUAUUCCCGCAGACCUUCCCUCAAGGUACGCCUACAUGGGACGUGGACCAGUCCCUGCUUCGGAGAGAGUACCGUAAUUUGCAGGCGAAGGUACACCCUGAUGCCAAUUCCAAUGCGGCAACUGACGAAUCCUCGACGCUGAACAAGAACUACCACACGUUGAAGGACCCACUUCGGCGGGCGCAGUAUUUGAUCCUGCUGCACGAGGGUGUGGAUUUAACGAGCGAUGAGCAGAGCAAAGCACAGUCAUUCGUACCCCCCACGCUGCUGAUGGAGGUGCUGGAAGUACACGAGGAGCUCCAGUACGCUGAGGAUGCUGCUGUAGUCAGCAAGAUCGCUGCGGAAAACAAGGCUCGCAUCGACGCUGUGCAGGAGUCCCUGGGGAGGGCAUUCCGCACUGGAGACUACGCUGCUGCGAUUUCGUUGACCGUGGAACUCAAAUACUGGACCAACCUAGCCAAGGCCAUCAAAGAAUGGUCCCCCGGUGCGAGAAUAGACCUCUCGCAUUGA